GGGCCGCCAACUCUUUGUCACGCCUACAUUUCUUCUCUCGCAUGCACCCGUCAAGCGUGUGGAUGUCCUGAUUGAUACCCUGUCAAUCCACCCACCCUGCCGUUCUCCGUCACACCCUUCACUCACCAGCACUGCACCAUAUGUCCAGCGCGGCGGUCCGGCGGUUGGACAUUACCCGGUACCUCGAACAACUCCUUUCCGUAUGGUCUUCCAGCGUACCAUACUUCGAGGAGAUAUACCGGGCACUGCCCUUUGGCUCGAGAAUCAUGGUCGACAACCUCCCCACCGAUCUCAGCAAAGCCAAGGUCAGGUUCUUAUCCAACUCAGGUUGGGAAGACACCUUAGCUCCUCUGGAACAUCUCUCCGGGCUCUGGGAGCUGCCGUCCGAGUCAUGGCCGACCGCUGUGCCCAUCGGCGGGCUGCGACACGUGCGCCACCUGAACGGCAAUGUCUCGGUUAUCAGACUGCCUCGGGAGCACGGGCGGGUGCACUUUAUAUUCAAGACCAAUCUGAGCGACCCAGACACCAUCUACCACGAGCUCAGACUGCUCCUGACGAUGCCCCCACACCAACAUGUCAUUGGCAAACCGCGCUACAUUGUCACGACUAGUCGGGAUGUGGAUUUGGAAUCUCCACCGCCUGUUCGUGUCCUCGGCUUCAUCCUGGAAUACUACGAAUCCGGCACGAUGGCCGCUGCGCUGGAGAGGGCGCCGGACCUGCCGCUGCAGACAAAGCUACGAUGGGCGACGCAGGUUGUGCGAGCCAUGAGUGAUGUCCGCGACGGUCCGGCCGGCUUCUACUCGGACCUCAACCCCGAUAACCUCCUCAUCUCGCCCGACGGCCUCGACGUUAUGCUCAUAGACUUCGAGCAAGGCGGCAACUGGGACACCUUCCUAGCACCCGAGGUCUGCUACGCCGGAAACCAAGACGGCGAAGUCGACCGCAAUGCCGCCCCUUCAACCCCAGCGCAACGGUUCCGCGGCGUUUGGCAAUCCCUAUCGCGCGAGCGACAGGAGAAGGCGAUGGUGUUUGCCAUCGGCAAGCUUCUCUGGUGCAUGUUUGAAGGCGUCAGCCACACCCGCAACUCGACCGACGAGCGGUACGAGACGGAAACGCCCAUCGAGUUUCCCAACUUUGCUGGGACACCCCACGGCCUGCGGGGACUGAUCCGGCAAUGCACCGCCGGGGCGCCGGAAUGGAGGGCGGUGGGAACCGCAGCAGUAGGGAUCAUACGCACACGGAUGGAAUUCGUGGUUGCCCGUGACGAGCGGGCCGAGCUGGGUGACGGGUGCACGCCGCGAGAGGCCAUGGACGCGGCUAAGACGCUGUGGACGCGCCGCGUGGGAGAAAUGCAGGAGUAUAUGGAAGCGAGAUGCCGCUGGCUAGCAGACAUGCCUGUUGCUGGAGAUGAUCUAUUGCUUGGGUUCCCUUCUCGGCCGUCCCUUUCCCAGGUGCUGGAGUCUCUCACGCGAGUCGUGAAUUAGCGCGGAGAGUGGGAUCAGUUGCAAAGAUUGAACAGCCAGUAAGUAGUAUUGCUGCCAGUUCGGUGUCAGGGGUUCGAUAUAUGUGGUAGUUACCUAUACUUGAGUGAUGUAUAUCUACUAACCUUAGAAGUGGAAGACUCCGCAGGGAGCAAGAUCUUAAAAUUCCAACUCGUGAAGUUGCGAACCCGCUCCGGGUCAAUGGGUCAAGUACGUCGCUCCCCACUGUUACCCACCUCCCCGACAUUCGUAGCACCACGAUUAAGUCCUGCGAGAACGCUUUCUGUGACUGCGACGGCGUGUCUCCUU